CAGAAACCAGAAAGAUGGUGCUGUUUUCAAACAGAGGUGGUUUUUGCUUCUUCCCUUCUUUCCUAAUAAAGGGGUUUACUUGGGUGUCUACGUAGAAAUAGCAAAAAAAGAUUCUUCUUUUAGUUCCAUCUUUAAAUAGAAGUUCGUUUGUUUCCUAUUUUUAGAUCUGUAUUUUUUGUUUUCGAUCUUCAUUUCCCUCCCUCCCUCUCGAUCCAUUUAUCUUUCAAUCAUUCUCUCUCUCCCACUUGACUUUGAACAAGAGAUUUGAAGAUACACUAGCUAGAAUAAGAUGGGAAGAGGAAAGAUUGUGAUCCGAAGAAUCGACAACUCAACCAGUAGGCAAGUGACUUUCUCCAAACGAAGGAACGGAUUAUUAAAGAAAGCCAAAGAGCUUUCUAUUCUUUGUGAAGCUGAAGUUGGUCUUACGAUUUUUUCUAGCACUGGCAAGCUCUAUGAGUUCUCAAGUACCAACAUGAAAUCUAUAAUCGAGCGAUACAACAAGUCGAAGGAGGAACAGCACCAUCCAGUGAUAAAUGCAAAUUCAGAAGCAAAGUUCUGGAAACGGGAGGCAGCAGCCUUGAGGCAUGAAUUACAAAGCUUGCAAGAAAACCAUCGGAAAUUGAUGGGCCAAGAGCUAUCCAGUCUGAGCGUUAAAGAGAUACAAAACUUGGAAAAUCAGUUGGAAAUGAGUUUGCGUGGUGUCCGUAUGCAAAAGGACCAAAGCUUACAGAUGAGAUAGACGAAUUAAACCGAAAGGGAAGCCUCCUUCACCAAGAAAACAUGGAACUAUACAAGAAGGAACG